GCGGCGUCAACAUGUUAUUGCCGCUUCGUUGUCUUGCAGUUUAGAAUGGGAAGUCGCUAAAUUAAAUGUUUAGAUUGAAAUUAUGCUUUGGUAAUUUAUUUUUCUUCCACUAUCAGACUGGCAAUUAUUGGUGUUAUAGGUAGAAUUUGAGAAUAAAGAUGUUUAGAAUUGUCUUGAUUUUGAUUGUGGCUGCUGCUGCAAGUUUCCGAGGGGCAAACGCUGCUGGAAUAACUUGCUAUAUUGGUUCUUCAUCCGCGGUGGGCACCAAUGUUACAAUACAAUCCUGCCCCUCUGGGAAUUGCGCUACGUACAAUGGAUCUGCAAUGCUCAACGGGACAAGAAUAAAUGGGACAAUCCAUACAUGUGGUCACAACAUGACAGGUUCAUCUACUACAUGCGGUAACUUAACCCUCGUUAAUGCGAUUGGAGCACUGUCUGGUUUAAGUGGAAUCAUGUGUAAAAAGCUGGAGAUCUGUUCUGGUAAUCAAUGUAACUCACCUAUCGCUUGUCCUGGCAACCAGGUUUACUCAAUGUGUGCCGGCUGUGAUAGGACUUGUGCAAAUAUGAAUCAACCUGUAGUAUGUAUUCAAGUCUGCCAACAGAAGUGCACUUGCCCGUGGGGGUUGGUUCUAAACGGUGACAUGUGUGUAAAUGCCACUCAGUGCCCAGUGGCCCCUAUGAUGAACAUAACGUGCCCAUCAGUGAGUCCCAAUGCAUGUACCAACGAACUCAAAUCCGGUUUUAUUUGUGACUUUAUAAAGUGGCGACUAAGUUUGAAUCAUUGGCUGCAGAAGUUUGAGCAAUGGCGGGUGUCAAAUGGAUACACAAGUACCCUUCCAAUUCCUAGCUGUCCUAACUUUAAUGUACAGUGUAAUGAUGCAACGAAACUAAAAUACACAACUGACAUAUACAGUUGUAAUAUACCUUACUGUAUGGAUGGCAAAUAUAAAACUGGACCAUCAAUCCAGGUAUGGAGAGAACACCAAAAGCAUUGGAAUAUUCUUUACACUAGCUGGACUGCCUCCAACACAGACAGCUGUAAUGGCCACACAUAGACAUAUAAUGGCUAGUUAUGCCUUGAAAAGAUAUCAACACCAUCUGUAUUGCUAUUGUAAAUUUAUUACCAUUCAUACUCACAUAUAUUUGAACUUUUAGUGACUAGUUUUCUAACACUUGUAACCAGCAGUUGGUAUUAGAAAUUAGUAUUUCAAUAAAACAUAGUAAAACUAAGG